CGGCCGACGCUGCAAGAAUCGUCGCACGUGACGAUUGCGACAGACGUUGUCGCAACUGCCCACUCAGUUGCCGCGACCGCCGAGUACGUCGGCUCUCCGUGUUACUCCGACGAGCAGCCAUGGAGAGCUCGUAGUGAAGCCGCCUCGUGGCUCAUUCGACGAUACGUCGGUUGUUAAGAAUAGUGUAAGCGUGGCGAAGAAACGAUGGAGCUAGACGGAGAGCUAGUGAAGCGGCCUAACGUCACCAAAUUUCUCUAGAGUAGAGCUGAGUGAGGAAAAUGCGAGAAGCUACAAUGGGCGUUGGGAGAGGAAUGGGCGUGGGAGAGAGCACGCGGUGGGUGAGGCUGGAUGAGCGAGCCUCGGGGGAGGGAUCCCAGCAUCGCCAACGCUGGCCAACAUCCCAGCGACCAUUUUUUUUCCCAGAGCCAACCUCGACUCCGCUGCUUGGGUGGUUUCCCGCCGCGGAAUGCGAAAAGCGCAACGCGAGGUGACCAAGACGAGCCGCCUGGUCCUUCGUUCUAUGGAAAGGGCUCAAAAGUACGCGGCAAAAGGCCCUAACGGGCAUACUAAAACUGCAAACAAACGAAAUACGAGCCUUGCUGGGAGGUCCGACAAGGGUGUGGGGAGUCUAGGUAAGCUGAACGAUGAGUCGAAAUUGAAUGGUCGAGGUGAAAGGCGACUCGACGCGGCGGACGAACCUUUUUCUGGGGUCAAUGCGACUCGAAAUAUAGCGGCGGCCAUGGCUGGUUGGAUUCGAGUCAGCGCAUAGAAAACUGGCGAGUUUUGGAGGGAAAGAAGGGGGUCGUGAAGUGCUGUGUACGCGACACUAGCACAUUCACGAGCAGUUCAAAAUCGCCAUGUUCAC